UUUCCAAGCCAGCUAGCAUUGGUGUAAUGGACCAGCAAGGCCAUGUGCAGCCGCCAGCAGGAGGCAUGGUUGGAAGUACAGCUCCGGUUCCUUAUGGCAUACCUUCAUAUCAACAUAACCAGAUGAUGGGACCUUCUGCAACUGGAUCCCUUCAAUCUCCUACUCAGCCAGCAGUUCUUACUGCUUCCUCAGCUCAGCUUGCUCAACACCAACUUGCUUACCAGCACAUCCACCAGCAACAGCAGCAGCAGUUGCAGCAACAACUUCAAACUUUCUGGGCAAAUCAGUAUCAAGAAAUUGAGCAGACUACUGAUUUUAAGAACCAUAGCCUGCCCUUGGCUAGGAUCAAGAAGAUUAUGAAGGCAGAUGAAGAUGUAAGGAUGAUAUCAGCUGAAGCUCCCAUCAUAUUUGCCAGGGCCUGUGAGAUGUUUAUUUUAGAACUGACCUUGCGAUCUUGGAAUCAUACAGAGGAGAACAAGAGGAGAACACUCCAAAAGAAUGACAUUGCUGCAGCUAUCACUAGAACUGAUAUUUUUGAUUUUCUGGUUGAUAUUGUCCCAAGGGAGGAUUUGAAAGAUGAGGUGUUAGCAUCAGUCCCGAGAGGGAGUCUUCCUGUAGGAGGUCCAGCUGAUGCUCUUCCUUACUAUUACAUGCCACCUCAGCUUGCACCCCAGGUCUCUGCACCGGGGAUGACUGUAGGAACGCCUGUGGUGGAUCAAGCUAUUUAUGGCCAGCAGUCUCGCCCUUAUGUACCACAGCAGAUUUGGCAACAGCAAACACAGCAGCCACCUGAAGAUUCCUGAGCAGGCUGUGCAGUAGCUGUAGUUGAAACAUGUUGGAUAGUGUGAAUUUAAGGUUGAAAAGCUAGGGGUUGAUUGGUUAAUCUUGUAUGCAAGUCAUAACAUGUCAUUUGCUAACAGGUUUUUAUUGCCUCUUUCAAAUUUCAUCAUUUCCAAUCCUGUCAAGGAUGCGAGUUCAGCUAUUGUGGAUAAUUGGAUAAACUGUAAUCCUUUUGGGAUAUAAAAAUAUCAUGGUUUUUUGGUUCUUCUUUGUUA